AUCUAAUGGCAGGUGAUAGUGUCAUGUACCAUUUUUAGCACAAAAUGUCUUCUAUUGUGUUAAAACAACACGAUCAAACAAAGAAAGGUUAGCCAUGGACUGUGAGGACCAAGUGGACAGUUUGGAGGGAUGGAUGGUGGUCAAGGAGGGGCCCUUUGCUGACCAGAUGAAUCCACCAAAGUUCAAUUUUUUAGUCUGCUGGAAUGAUGAGAAGAAGAAGGUAGCCAUUACUAGUCGCCCUCACAGUCGUGUUGUAAGUGACAAAGAUAACCUCGGAACAAGGACGGGGAUUUUCUCCUUUCGUGAAUUAGAAGCCAUUCACCAAUUACUUUGCCAUGUUCAUCCUGCCCUGGGGCCCCACUUACCUACCCUUCCAGAGGAACCUCGGUCGUUAUGGACGUACUUUGGUUAUGAAGAGUGCAAUAUAGAUUACUCACAAGUCUGUUCACAGUUAGAAGAGUAUUUGUGUUAUGCUUUGGAAAUCUGCAAAGAAAAACUUUUGAUGUCAACUCUGUUUGAAUAUGAAGAACACACAGCCGAGGAAUAUUUCGAAAACAUCAGUGAACUUCGUCGCCAAGGAUAUGAGGAUGAAAUCGACAAAGCGGAAGAUGAAUUAAAGAAUGUGAUUUUUUUGCGUAACAAUGCAAGUCAUAUGACUGAUAUGAAGGAUGUGUAUAAAUCAGAAGACAAUGCUGUCUUUAAGCUGAACAUUGCUCUGGCCUCCCUCUACAAUUACCUCCUACAGCCUUUCCUUGACGUUAGAGAACUGGCAUAUAGCCGAGUCAUGGAGGCCAAAGAACAGUUGGAGAACCCUGAUGUCGGGGCACGCGUAAAGCGAGAAUAUGGAGCGAUGUUUACAGAAUGGCAAACACAUUACGAGGAAGCUUUAGACAACAUUCAGAAGUACUACAUUGAAUAUUAUACAAGAACUUCCAGAAUCUAUGAAGAUAUGUUAAAAAGAAUGAAAGAAGAUCAAACUAAAUUUGGAAAAACUGCUUUUGAAUUGAUUGGUGCUGAAAGAUUUUUUAGAAUAAAUGAAGACCUUUGUUUAGAAUGUCUUCAGUUGUUAAAUAAUGAGAAGAAUUUGUUUGUACAAGAACGGGAUAAAGUAAAGGAGGAGAUAGCGAGUGUAGAGGACAAACCAGGGGCCAUCAAAGAGCUGGAGAGACUAGAGGGGGUGGUGUUUGAUUGGCAAAUCCGGGUACAGCAACAACAAAUGGCUAUUCUUGAUGAGGAAGAAAAACUGAUUAGAACCCAGAUGGAGGCUAUUACUAAUCAGAUAAAAGCUAAAGAAGACAUCCCUGUUUUUUACGAUGCUGUGGAGGAUGUGGGUGACCUUAGUUCAGAUGAGGAGUUCCCACUCAAGUCCUCCGCAGACCCUCGAAUUGUGGCUCUACGUAGUAAGCUUACCUCCAUCACACGGAGAAGAGCCAAGAUACGCAACGUUAAGGCCUCAUUGGAAAGGAAAUUCAAAUCUAAAAUUCAAAAGAAGAAGGAUGAAGAGAUACAGUUUAAACAACAUCAUGCCAUUCAGAUGAAAAGGGAUUUCAAAAAAGAGGAGGAAGAAAAGAAAAGUGAUUUUAUAAAUGAUCAACGCUCAAAGGCCAUUAAUCGUAUCAAAGACUUUAAAAUAAAAUAUCCAACACCAGAGACAAUAAAACCACCUCGAUACCAACCACCUAGUCAGAAGAAGACCCCUCUUGAAGAAUCCCCCCAGUCCAUGCCUGUCUGUGAUAAAACAUAUGUCAAAAAGCCAAGCAGACCUCUUACAAACUCUGAGAAAACUAUCAGAAUCACAAACACUCCAAAAAAGUCACCUUCUAAGUCAGUUAAGAGCACUGGUAAAGCUAAGCCUACACCCAGGCCUAGAAAAUCCCAGGAUGUUGUGGAUUCAAUGCCAGUUACUAUUUACACUUCAGAAGGAGGGGAACAAAAACAAAACUCUUCCUCACCAACUCCUCCACCACUCUUAAAUCCACCCUCUGCUUGUGUUCCUCCACCCCCUCCCCCUCCUCCUCUAGUGCCACCACCACCUCCUCCACCCCCACCCCCACCACCACCCCCAUCAGCAGAUGGUCCUCCAGCUAAACUGGUGAUUGUAAAGAAGGAAAAAAGGGAAGAGAAACCUAAGGAGAAGGGAGCAGGUCCACCUGAUCUGGGAUCCAUUUUGGCAGGAAAAGGCAAACUGAAGCCUGUCAGUAAGAGUCAUCAGAAACAAAAACCCAUACCUGUGAAUCCUAUGGAUAAUAUUCUAAGCAUGAUCAAACAAGGAGUCAAACUGAGACCCACGGAAAAUAAAGAAGACAAGAAAACGGCACAUGACCCAGAUAUUUUUGACACACCAAGUGACAGUCACAUGAGAUUGUUACAGGAGAGUUUGAGUCGAAUCAGUAAGUUCACUCGAGAAAGCUCACCUGAAUCAGAGGAAGACAGCGAAGAAGAGGAUUUGUUUGCCUAAUUCAGUGCUUUCAUUACCUUGGUUUAUUGCUUUUGUCCUAAAACUGCCAUUUUGUCUGUGUUAUUUUUCAUCUACAAACUUUCUUUAAUUAUAUGAUGUAAAUUUAUUUAUUCAUAUCACUUGAUUAGCUCUAGUACUGUAAGCCAGAUGCUCAAGUGGACAUUUCUUGAUUGGCAUUUGUCAGUUGUCUGUCAACCAAUUUAGUUCAACUAAACUUUCCACAAAGCAUUCUUUGAUGAAGAAUGAUAAACUCCAGUGUUCUCUGUCAGUAGAAAUGGAUACUAAAAAAGAAUAUAUAAAGAUAUAUAAAGUUGAGAUAAUGUCAUUUAAAACCACAUAUCCAGGUUUGAAAUUUGUUAAAGAUUUGUUCAAUAUUCAACAGAAGUUGUCCAAUCAUGGCCUUAGACUUAGUGAUAGGCCAGUUAAGAGUCCAACAUUUAUGAAGUUCAAUCAUACAAACCAGGUCGAGUGAGUGAGCUAGGUCUGGGCAUUUCAAUGCAAAUGAGCUAAUUAAGACACAUAAGAGGUUGUCUUCUAUACAGAGAAGGUUUAAACUCUUUUUCUUAGACACAUAAUGUAUCCCUUUAUGUGAUCAAAUUACCAGUAAUAAUGAAGUCCUAUUAUGAUGUCAGUGAUGACCUCCCAUUAUUAAAGAUUUUAUAGCAGUAUACUUACAUUACCUCUGGAUCCACCCAUUUUAUUUAAUUUUACAGAAACCAUAUUUAAUAAUAAGAAUAAGAAUACUCCACACAUUCAUGGUAUUGCUACACAAAUGCUCACAGUUCAAUUAAUUAUCAAGUUACUAUUUGUGAAGUUUUGAGUUGAAACACAGUAAAAAUACAUAGUCCACUAUAAGUAUUAUAGUAUUGUAUAGUCUGAUCAAAUGUGUCAGAUUUGUACAAUCACAUCAAACUUAGGAUUAUAAUCUUGUUAUUUUACAAUGUUUUAGAAAACUGGAAUAAGAUAUAUCUGUGAAGCAAAGCUGUUAUGUGGAUGCUCUCUAUUACCUCAAGUUGUACAGAAGAAUGAUAUAAUGUGAACUAUCUAUAACAUGUUGUGGGUAAUAAGUAUGUAUUAGAAAGAGAUUUUAAACUUUCUCUGUAUAAUUGGCAUCGAUCCCUCUUACGUAUUUUAAUUAGCUCAUAUGAAUAGAAUCGCCCAUACUUAGCCUUAAGUCACUUGUGUGAGCAUUGUGGCCCUUAAUUCUAGAACACGGCACCCUUGGCAUUGAUUUUUUGGGUGUUGCUAUAUUCAAUUUAAUAAUUGCAAAAUUCUUCCAUUUUUAAUAUUCUCUAGGCUGUUUAACAAUCAUGAAAUGUUGAUGUACUUAACAGUCAAGUUACAUUUUAAAUAAUUUCUUUUAACAAGAUGUGUGUACAUGUACUGCCAUUUUAAAUUAUCUCUUUUGAUAAGGUGUCAAGUCACACAAUUGUUCAUAAAUCACUCAUAGUAAGGAAUUACUUUGUCUUGAAUUAUGUAUGCAUUUAUUUAUUUAUUUUGUAAUUAUCACUUAUUUUUGCCAUGUCUGCAGAAGUAAAGUUGGCAUCAAUGUGCCAGUCUAUGUUUUAGUUUUUGCCUUGACCAAAGUACUUAGAUACAAAGGGUGGGUUAUAAAUUAUAGCAUCCUUAUGAAAGGGGAGUUUCUGAAAAUACCAGAUAUACACACAGAUACAAUUUACUCCAUUUAACCUCCAGGUAUCUGUAGAGAGAAGGGCUGUAACAUUUGUUUUUAAUUUAAAUUAUGCUUAAGAAUAAUGAUUUCUUGAGAAUAUUUAAUUUGGUCAUCAAUUUAAUUCAAAUUAAAUCUUCCAGGUAAAAAAAAAUAUGUGAAUAAGUGAACAUUAUUUAGGAAUAUUUUUCAUUCAAAGAAAGAUAAUUUAGAUCAUUCAAAUAAUUGAUUUUUUUUUCAAAUAACUAUAACAUGUUUAUACGUGUUGAACCAUUUUCAACUAAAAAUAAAUAUUAUUACCCUCAGGCACUGAAAAUAAUUGGAUGGGUUCUAAAUUCAUCGGAUGUGUAUCCAUAGUGAACUUAAAGUAUAAGGCAUAAUGAACAGAUCUAAGGACAACUGUCUAAACAGCUUUUUUUGUCAUGAAUUGCAAUAUUCCAGUUUAACAAUUAAUUCAAAAAUGGUCAAUAUUCAAGUUAAACUUUAAAAAGAGCACAACCUCCAAUCUAAGGUUUAUAAGUGUAUGUUAGAACUUUUAGUGUUUAUUAUGAAUGACAAUCAGAAGUACUUCUGAUCUAGCUGGUUCUAAAUGUCUAUCAUAUGUCCUUCUGUAAAAAAUACAAAAUUCCACUCCUCUUCCACUUUCCUUCCAAUUUUGAUAAAACUUGGUACUUGAUAAUGAAAAAAUGUGCGACUUUUAUACUACUGCCGGUAUAAGUAGAGCUACAUCAUGUCGGAGACUUCUUGUUUAGUGUUUGGAAUUGGAUGUACUGUAAGAACUGAUUUAAUAGCCAAUUGACAGGACCAUUUUGUGCAUAAAUUAAACCUAACAAGUUUAUAAAUAUAACGUAAAUUGUGACCUUGAAAUGAAUAACAUUGACCUCAUAUUUUCAGAAUGAACUUAAAUUUCUUGAACAAUGUGAAGGAUAAAUUUAUAUGUUAAUUAAUGCAUUUUGGCAUUAUUUGUCUAUAUUUUUAUACCAAAGAAAACUUUCUUAAAGAGCUAGGUCACUUUAUGCAUAAAAUGGCCCUGUAGUUACUGGUAUACCAAUUCAUAUACUAACACCCUAUGUCCCAGUUCAAGCAUCAGUAUAAAGACUUGGUACUUUUAUUUCCUAUAACAAAGUUUCCUCUUAGAGUGCAGGUACAGUGUAUAGGAGAAAAGGCUUUGUAAAACUGCAGUAUUCUUGAACUUUUGCAGAAAAGAGGUGUAUUUUAGUACCUUUGGCAAGUCGAAUUAAAAUAUGAGCACAUGUACCCCUCAAUCCAAAAAAAUAAGUGUGUUUUAUAAUCUUCAGAAACAGUUCCAUUGUUACAUAAUUGCACAUUUUGCAGAGGUUGUGCUCUAUGAGAAAUAUUGAAAAACAAAUUAAGCUUUUGCCUAUUUUUUAAGACAUUUUCAGGAUAUGGGAAUAAUGAUCCAAUUCAUGAUGUCAUGAUGCAUUGACUAGCCAGAAAAUUACAGUUAUCAUUUUCAAUAGAUAUGCAGUCACCAAGAGUCCAAAUGAUAUUUAAUGCAUCAUCGACUAAAACUGAGUAGUUUUUUUUGUUUUUGUUUUUUUUUUUUUUAGAGAAAUUCACAGGGCAAAAAAAAAAAAAACCAAGUGAACCUUGCUCUCAGACUACUUGUAUUAAUAAAUGUUCUUAAAAAAUUACAACUACACUGUAUACAUGUUAACUAAAUUGUCACAGGUAAACUUGAAUUGAAAGAGUGUCUUGCUAUGGAAUAAUAUUCUUCAAACAUUUUAAAGCUGUUAAUUAUCUUUGUUGUUCGAUUUGUAUAGGUUUUAUGGCUUGUUUCUCCUGGUUUUCUCAGUGUUGAAUAUUUUGUUUUUACAUAUAACACGUUACAUGUAUCAACUGUUAGUGAUUAUCUUUUGUAACUUUGUGUGUACUCUUCAUAAAUAUUCAAUGAAAAACAAACAUACGAUGUUAAAGUGAUGUAAAUUUGAUUAUCUACAUAUUAAUUGUUAAAUUGGAAUUUGAAUUUCCAUCUUAAUUUUCUUUAAUAAGAUACCAAUGAAAUGUGUAUGUUAAUCAGAAUUACAAUGUAUGACUCCAUACAGUAAAACACGUUUAUAACAAAGUGCUAGGAAUGGAUGAUUUUGCUUCAUUAUAAAUGUAAUUCAUUAUAUUUUUGUUAAGUAUAUUAUAUAUUUUAAAGCCACAAGGAAUUGAAAUCACUUUGCUGUGUCAAUUCAUUAUAAGCGUGUUUGUUAUAACUGUGUGUUACUGAAUAUGGUGUGCCUGACUACAUUUAUAUGAAUGUAUAUUAACAAGCAUUUAUAGGGGAGUCUAAUUUUACAUACUGCCAUCAGUCUAUGUUUCAUUGAAAUACAGUAACAUACACAUGAGAA